GUAGCGCAACCGGAGCGCAUGCGCACAGCGCUUACCCGCCACAGUACUUCGUUAUGCUGUCGAAGGUGUAGUCCUUAAAGUUUGCCAACAAAAUAAAAAAAUGUGUUCGACUCGGAAGUUUGUUAGAGUGACGAAAUUUUUGUUGGCUGGUGUGUCGAUAUUCUGCGUGAGCUGGAUUGCUGCUGUUAACGAAUGGCACACCAGGGCGCGGUGGAGUCCACCACCUCAGCGUAGCUUUUCCACUAUGAAAACCAUUGUGGCAUACUCGGAAGGCAAGCAGGCUGAAAUGGACCGACCGUCGCCUGUCACAUGUGACCGCUUGCCGGCUUUUCCGAAAGUCCCAAAAAUAAAUCGCACGUGGUCUCCCUUUGCUGAAGAAUCAUUAUGGCAACAAGUGAGAGGUACAUCGGUGUCGUUAUAUGCCGCCUAUUACGACGAGAGGGCGCCACAACACUAUAUACGCAUUCUCGCCAUUUUCCACGGUCGGGAUGUUUCUUCACUUGAAGAAAUGUUUUGUCAAACACGUUCUUUUAGUCAAAACGAAAAUUCAGUUGAAGUCGUCGCAGCAAAGCCAUUAGAAAUUUGGUGGCACGAAUGGGAUAGAAGUUCAUCAGAAGUUGACACGCCUCUUUUACUAUCCUGUCCUCUACGGGAGCCCUUAAAUCAGACUUCUGUUGUGUCAGUGGUUACAGAGCCCUGUGAAGACCCGGCAAAUGGAUUUUAUAUCAAACCAAACGGAAAUACCAAGUAUACUCGAUCCUUCACUGUUUGUGUCAAAGACAUGAAUUUUCACGAGGAUGUGUCCCACAGUUUAAUCGAGUGGAUCGAAACUAACAAGAUUUUGGGUGCCGAUUUGGUGGACAUCUAUAUAGAUAGUGUAAAUAAAAAGACUGAAACUGUAUUAUUACGUUAUCAGACCGAAGGAGUCGUAAGAUUAUUUAAAGUUCCUAUUAAAAAUACUAUUCAACGGUCGCUGUGGCAAAGAAGGCGCGAUCAUAUUAUAACUUACAAUGAUUGCCUCUACAGAAAUAUAAUAGAAUCUAAAUUUAUCAUACCUUUGGAUAUUGAUGAAAUACUGCUACCUAAAAUAGCAUAUACUUGGCAUGGAUUGUUAAAAAGACUCCCAUUUUCGGGUUGGGAUCCGUAUCAGCAUUCCGCCAUUUUAGUGAAAAAUGUAUUCUUUUUCGAUUUCAUGCAAGAUUUAUAUACAAAUAAAGCAAUUAGUAUUACUAGAAAUGAUAAGAAAAUCUAUGUGAAACGAGAUGACGUCCGAAUAGAUGAUCCUAAUAACUUUAACCUAAAUGAAGUAGAAUUAGUAGGUGAUACUAAUAGUUUAAGCAAAGAUGAUAAUAAUAAUUCUAUUGCUAAAAAUACAUAUUAUGAUAGUGGAUGUAUAAAAGCAAUACCGUUGCCAAAAAUAGCGCGAAAUUUAAUAAGUUCUGCUACAAUAAGUCCAUUAGGACAUUACAGUAAAAGUUUUAUGCUUACGAAGAGGGUUCUAACAGCGUUCAAUCACUAUCCCUUAGCCAGCAUUGGCACAACGGGUUUUACAGGAUGGGCGGCGCCUUUGAUAGAAGUUCAACUCAAUCAUUAUAAGGAAUCGUGCAACGAAACAAUGGUAGCAGAAUGUUGGCAGUACGUGAAGCGCGCGAAAGUCGACCGCUCCGCUUUGCGCCUGAAAAGACGUCUCACGCGCGCUGUUGCUGAUGCUCUUUGCAAAUAAUAAUAUCAUUCCAUAA